CUGCACGUUCCCUACGCGGAGUACUUCAGGCUGGAGCCGCUGCUGCGGUACCACCGCGUUAUCAGCUUUGAGGACUUCAUGGAGAAGCUGGGGCCCGUUCACUGGCCUCCUGGCCAGCGAGUGGCUCAGAGAAGUGCCGACAAAAACACUUGUCCCAUGAAGGAUGGAAAUCCAUUUGGUCCCUUCUGGGAUCAGUUCCAAGUUAACUUUGAUAAGUCUGAGCUCUUCAAGGGAAUUUCCUUCAGUUCUACUUACAAGGACCAUUGGAUCCAAAGGUUUUCACCGUCGGAGCACCCUGUCCUUGCCUUACCUGGAGCUCCGGCCCAGUUUCCAGUCUUGGAGGAGCACCGGCCCCUCCAUAAGUAUAUCGUGUGGUCUGAUGAAAUGGUGAAGAAAGGAGAAGCCUAUAUUCAUUCUCUGCUGGUCAGGCCCUACGUUGGAAUUCAUCUGCGGAUCGGCUCAGACUGGAAAAAUGCUUGCAAUAUGUUAAAGGAUGGAACGGCCGGGCCGCAUUUCAUGGCUUCACCUCAGUGCGUGGGCUACGACCGAAGUGCUGCGGUCCCUCUUACCAUGGACAUGUGCCUACCAGACCUCAAAGAGAUCAAGCGUGCUCUCAAGCUUUGGGUGGAAAAGACAGAAGCUAACUCUGUUUAUGUUGCUACUGAUUCUGAGCCUUACACGACAGAAAUACAGCAGUUCUUUCAAGGAAAGAUCAAGGUUGUAAGCUUGCAGCCAGAAGUGCCACAGAUUGAUUUGUAUGUUCUUGGCCAGUCCGAUCAUUUUAUCGGGAACUGUGUCUCUUCGUUUACCGCCUUUGUGAAAAGAGAGCGUGACGUGCAUGGAAAACCCUCUUCAUUUUUUGGCAUGGACCAUCCACCAAGAUUACGGGAUGAAUUCUGA